GAAUGGCAAUGAGACGUGGCUAAACCGUGUUUUCUUUAUUCGGCUGUGAUCGCGGUGGGUAAUUCAGCCAAACUGGUAGUCUCUCAUUCUACCACCAACAGCUGUAUUAUCGCAGUAUUGUACUGCGGGCUCUGGCAUACUCGCUGUUGUUAUGAGCCUUUUUAUCCGUACUGCCUCCGUGGACCGUUUCACCAAGCUCGCUGUUGUACCUCAAAAAUGUCUGGAGCAGCGCCGCGCUAAACUGUAGGCCUGCCGACAGGAUGAAGGCAAAACUCCCCCUGUGCCAACGCAGCGUUGUUAGCAUAACGAGUGGCUAGCCGAGGCUACAAUAGCUAGUCGUUCAUGUCAUCUGUCGUCUUUUCCACAGCUCUCUCUCACUCUCUCUCAGUAAAUAUCUGGGUAAUCAUUUGCUACGACGACGUCAGGGUAAGCGGACUUGACUAAGGCAAACCCUUGUUAAAACGGCCGUUUUAUGAAAGACUGGGACACAACUUUUGACCACUCAAAGUUCCGUUAUGUUUGUUCUUGCUAGCCAAGGACCUCCCUGCGGUCUCAGCUGAAGGUGAUGACCUGAAUAGUGCCAUGUGAAUGACUGAAGACAAUGAAGCCUGCACACAAGCUGCUGUUCAUCCUGUGCCCCAUGCUGGUCCUGGGCUUUAUUUACUACUCCUCCGGGAAGCUGCAUCUACCCAUGUGGGGACAGAAGUCUCACAAAGAUGCAGAAGAGCCGACUCUAGCCCAGACUAGAGCCCACAGUAGAGCCCAGACUAAAGGUGCUGAAGUGAAAAGAAUUACAGAGUUGGAAAUGGACAACAACGUGGGACAAAUAGUAGGCUCAGUGUAUGAUAAGCAGGGCUUUCUGCUACAGCUGGACACAAAAUUAUCGCAGGAGUUAGAAUACAAGUACGGCAACCUCAGCGAAGGAGUGUGCAAGCCAGGAUAUGCAGCAGCUAAGAUGGCCACCAUCUAUCCUAAGUUUACGAAAUUGGCGCCAAUGUUUCUUGAUCGAAACUUCAAACGGCUAUCAAAAGUCAACAACUACUUACCUCCAUUCGGCUUUAAAACGCAAGAGAGAAUAAUAGACAGCAUUUUGACUAUAACAAAAAAUUACGGGCUGGGAGAGGAGCUUGACAGUCUCAGCUGUAAACGAUGCAUCGUCGUGGGUAAUGGUGGGAUCUUAUCCAACAAGUCUCUGGGGUCCCGAAUAGACGAAUACGAUGUGGUGGUCAGGUUGAAUGAAGCUCUAGUAAAAGGUUAUGGAAAAGAUGUAGGAACCAAAACCACCAUAAGGAUUACAUAUCCAGAGGGUGCGAUCCAGAACCCAGAAAACUACGAACAAGACUCACUUUUUGUUCUAUCUGCUUUCAAACCACUUGAUUUCAAGUGGCUCAGACAAAUGGUCUACAAGGAGAAAAUGAGGGGCACAGAUGGCUUUUGGAAGUCUGUGGCUCAGUCUGUGCCUCGGGAGCCGACAGAGAUGAGAAUCCUCAACCCCUACUUCAUCCAGGAGGCUGCCUUCCAGUUCAUUGGCCUGCCAUUCAACAAUGGCCUAAUGGGCAAAGGAAACAUUCCAACUUUGGGGACUGUUGCUAUAACAAUGGCACUGCACAACUGCGACGAGGUGGCGGUGGCUGGUUUUGGUUACGACAUGAACAAGCCCUACGCACCUCUGCACUACUACGAGUCUGUCAAGAUGUCCGCCAUUAAAGAGUCAUGGACACACAACAUAUCCAAGGAAAAGGAGUUCCUUCGUAAGCUGGUGAAGGCAAACGUCAUCAAAGAUCUGACCAAUGGUAUCUAAGUUUACACCCGCCCACAGUCUCCCUCCGCCAUUCCCAAAAGACUACUAGCAGGAAGCUGGGAAAUGGAUUGACUUUUUGAAGAAGGAAAAAAAAAAACCCUCGAGUCCGGGUGGCCUGCACACUGCCGGGGUUUUUAUAUCAAAGGAUAUUUAAAAAAGAAUAAAAUACAGGAGGGAUUCUGUGGAGAGACGCGCACACACGUGCCUUCUGAACCAAAGACUCUUGCUGAUUGAAGCGGGGGGAAACGAGCAUGGGGGGAGCACUGGAUCUGCAUAGUUUUGCGUCUUAUCAAAAGACAUUCGCAGGAACGCUCCGCCGGCCCCACACUGCAGUGUUUACCACUUCAAAGCCCCGAGUAUUACAUGAAUGAACAGUAAGAGCAGAGGUGACACUUUAUGACCCACAGAAGUCAGAGUUUAGCUUGAUGUUCCGGUCAGUCUGGUGAAGAGACAGAAGACAAAGGGAUGGAGAAGGACUAUUAGAAUGUGUGGGGAUGGUUGAAUAUUAGCAGUGCCAAAUGUACCUCGUAGAGAGAAGAGGCCACCCCCCUCUCCUUCUGCUGCCUGAAUGUAUUCUUGUUCCUCAUUGUAAAUAUCAAAAAUAAUUUUUACUGUGCUUUUUAAAGCGCUGCAGCAGCUGCCCUGAUCCUCGUCUGUCACUACUUCAUUCAUUCAUUUUUUUCCCCCCAUUCUGUCCUGACUUAAAAACUAACACGUGCUCCACCAGAUGAUCCCUGACACCCCCCACCUGUCACAAAGACUGGUGUUGCUUUGACACACUAAUAUAAGCUUGCGGCUCCUCAUGCUGUUUGCAUCAGGUAAGAAGCCACCAAAAAGCUAAAUAUUAAUGAAGACUGAAGCUCUUUGAGGUAUUUAAAAUUGAAGUUUAUGUGAGGUAUUUUAAAACUCUACAUCUUCUUUUUUUCAAUAAAGAUGCUAUCUUUUGUAGUUUUUAAAGUUGACCACCUGUAAGCGAGAAAGUAAGACACUGCAGUCUCCUCUUACUUAAUCCUAUCUUUGUUCAUGAGACAUAAAGUGAUCCAGGGUGUUUUAUGGCAUCCCUUUUCCAUUCUCCUGUUGCUGCAGAGGUUUUGUUCUUCACUAAAUGGUGAACUCUUAGAUUGUGGAAUAUAUAUUAUUGUUUUUUGUUUAUUUAUUUUGUUCCAAAGUCCCAGUGUUUUGGUCACAGGCAGGCCUGCUUUCUGUUCUAAACAAAAGUGUGCAUUUGUGCUUUAAACUUCAGCACCAUGUGCUUCCCCAGAGACUGCAGCAUCAUCUAGGCUUGUGGCAGAAGUAACCGUGCGACUGAAUCUGCUUUAAACUGGAUGGGUGUUAAAUGUCUGCACCUCUUCAUUUUCUUUGUUUUAUGCAGCGUUUGUUAACACAACACAUGUGACCUUCUGUGACAGCGGGCGUUAAGAAAGAAAGGAAAAAAAAAAGUUCCACAGGUGAUAAAUGCCACCUUCAGUUUGAAAUUAAUGUGCUGCUGAGGCCUUUGCACUUCUCACAUGGAGAUCCUGUUGCAGGCUUCUCUGUAUUUUAACAUUGAACAUAUUCGUGAUCUCACACACACUCACACACACACACACACACUCACACACACACACACACACACACACACACGCGCGCGCACACAAUCUCCUUCAAACAGUGAGGGAGAGCGAGAAGAUGCAUAUGUUCAUCAUAUUAUAUGAAUGCGAUAAUCAGCUUUAUAUAGUGAUGGUGCAUUUUAAAAACUGCUUUACCAAAGCAGGGUUUAUUUUACUUUUUUUGUGAAUAGGGUUUUCUCCAGUUUUCUGUCUUUUUAACUCUUCUAUUGGAAGUGUAGAUUGUAUACACAUACACACACGCGCGUGAUGCAUUGCUAUUUUUGUUUCCUUCAUGCUCAUUAGUUUCCACACGCUGCCAGGGUCGUGCAUCGUCACGCCAUGCACAGUUCCUUUCGGAAUGGUUCUCCUGGGUUUGAAAAUGGAUACUUUUUUCUUUUUUGGAAAACUGGGCCCCGUUUGGGCCUUUGUCUGAGAGCAAAAGGUACAGGGAACAUCUGAGCAUUGCACUAUCAUGAGGCACUGUCAGUGCCUUACACCUCAUCACCUGGAAGCUGUAGCGAGGAGUGUGACUGCUGUGAAAGAGAACAAAGGCAGCUGAUUCCGGUAUGUAGGCGCAGCUCCAGCUCCGGGUCAGGACAGGUCUCAUUCCUGGGGUUUGGGACCGGUCCACUUCAUGUAUGUACUGUAUGUACAUUGUAUACAAUCCAAGGUCAAGUUGAAGCCCUAUACUGUUUUGUGUUUUGUGUUUUAGGGGGAAAUGAUGUAUAUAUUGUACUUUAAUAAACAAGAUGGCUACUUACAUUAAAUCAUUUGAAAACUAUGAUUUAAAAAAAAAAAAAUCAAAUAUUUGCUGUUUGAACCCUAAAACACAGAAAACUACUAGUAUAGUCUUCAAAGCUACCAGUCUAAGCAGAUCCUUAAUUGGAAAGGAGCCCAUUUCUGUCUUACUUUUUAGGAUUUUAAUUUUUAAACGAAUGCUGGAUAAGUUCACAUGUGUUACGUCCAAAUUGCCUUUUUUCUUUUCUUCUAAUCUGUUCAAAAUAAAGCAGAAUGUAUUUGCUUUUGUUGUUCGUGGUAUUUAUAAAUCUUUAAUUUUGAAGCAUUAACAGGAGGUCAAAGUGAUUGAACGUGUUAAUUCUUUUUUUUACACACACGCGCACACACACACACACACAGUUACAAAAGGCUUUCUGUUACCUAAUAAAAAGGUUUGUAAUGGAA